AUGCACGUAGACAUGUGCACGUCAAUGGUGAAGUCGAGGUUCUUGUCGAACCCCCAUGACCUCGGGGUCGUGGCCGUCGGAUUUUCCGGCGGACAGGGUAAAGCAGGCGUAGACGACGGGCCCGUCGCCCUCAUCGAAUCCGGCCUUAUUUCGCAACUAAGCCAAGACCUAGGGUACAAGAUCCACGGCGAUGAGGAGGUCCAGGUGCACUCCUACUCCGACAUCGUACCCGCCGAAGACCCUCCCAUCCGCAACAUGAAGAACCCACGCAGCGUGUCGGCCGUGACGGCCAAGAUCGCCGACCAGGUGUAUUCACACGCGCGCGAGGGCCGCAUGGUCCUGACGCUGGGCGGAGACCACAGCAUCGCCAUCGGUACGAUAGCGGGGACGGCCAAAGCUAUUCGGGAGAGGAUGGGGAGGGAGAUUGCCGUGAUAUGGGUCGAUGCGCAUGCGGAUAUCAACACGCCCGAGACGAGCGGGAGCGGAAAUAUACAUGGGAUGCCUGUGGCUUUUGUUACGGGGUUGGCGAAGGAGGAGAGGCCGGAGUGUUUUGGAUGGUUGAAGGAGGAUAAUUUGCUGAGCAUUAGGAAGUUGGUGUACAUUGGCCUUCGGGAUGUGGAUGCGGCGGAGAAGAGGAUCCUGAGGGAGAAUGGCAUCAAGGCUUUCAGCAUGUUUGACAUUGAUCGACACGGCAUUGGAAGAGUCGUCGAAAUGGCCCUCGGUCACAUUGGCAACGACACUCCCAUCCACCUCUCCUUCGAUGUCGACGCCCUCGACCCCAUGUGGGCUCCGUCCACCGGCACUCCCGUCCGAGGUGGUCUCACCAUCCGCGAGGGCGACUACAUCUGCGAAGCCCUCCACGAAACCGGCAAUCUCGUCGCCGUCGACCUCGUGGAGGUCAACCCUAGGCUUGCGGCUGAUACGCCCCUUGGACCAACCGAGACUGUUAGGGCGGGUAGCUCGAUUGUGCGCUGCGCGUUGGAAUUAAUCUGCAGGAUUGCACUUUUGACGCCAUAUAUGAACACAUUGGCGAUUGCUGGUUUCAGCAGUAUGAUGCAGUCAACCCUUUCGACGAUCGUCGUGGGCGUGAUGACAUCGAAGCUAUCUGGACGGACCUUUGACCUUGAUAGCGAUGUUCUACGGUAUGACACCAAGGACGUCAACUUGAGUAUUCCUCUCAGCGUCAUUCGCCAGCGUCCGAUCACCAGGAGCGAUUUCGAGGACUACGAGCCCGAGACCGCCCAAGCACGACUCACAAUCCCUCUUCCCACCACCCUAUUUGAAGGUUAA